CAGGACCACAGUGUUGUUGUGAAGACGGAAGUGAGAGGAGGACUUCCCUCUGGACAAUUCUUCAUUUGGAAACAGUUAAAGUAAUACACCACCGCCUGCUUAGUCAUGACUACUGCGUACAAAAACAGAAUACAGGAAUUCAAAGUAGCGUUGAGUGAAGAGAACAUCAAUCUGGAGACGCUGAGGGAGCUGUGCUUCAGCGGAAUCCCGUUUGAAGGAGGCAUACGAGCCCUUUGUUGGAAAAUCCUUCUCAACUAUCUACCUCUCGAUCAAACAUUAUGGGAGUCUUUCCUCAAAAAGCAGAGGGAGGUGUACACCCAGUUCCUAAGAGAGAUGAUCAUCCAGCCUGGCAUCGCCAAAGCCAACAUGGGUCUUUCCAGAGAAGAUGUGACGAUGGAAGACCAUCCGCUAAAUCCGAACCCAGACAGCAGGUGGAACAACUACUUCAAAGACAAUGAAAUUCUGCUCCAAAUUGACAAGGAUGUGAGGCGGCUGUACCCAGACAUGGCGUUCUUCCAGCGGCCCACUCAGUACCCCUGCCAGCUGAUCCUGGACCCUCAGAACGAUUACGAGACGCUGCGGAGACGAGUGGAACAAACCACGCUGAAAUCACAGACCGUUAACAGAAACCGCAGUGGAGUCACCAACGUCAGCUCUCCAGGGAAGUCCUUGAACCUUUACCCCUCUAACGAGUACGAGGUGCUGCCCAGCGGGAGUGAGGCUCACUGGGAGGUGGUGGAGAGAAUCCUCUUCAUCUACGCCAAACUCAACCCGGGCAUCGCCUACGUGCAAGGCAUGAAUGAGGUCGUUGGGCCGAUCUACUACACCUUCGCCACGGACCCCAACAGCCAGUGGAAAGAGCACGCUGAAGCAGAUACGUUCUUCUGCUUCACCAACCUGAUGUCAGAGAACAGAGACAACUUCAUCAAGAGCCUCGACGACUCUCAGUGCGGCAUCACGUACAAGAUGGAGAGCGUGUACUCCAUGCUGCGAGAGAGAGACCUGGAGCUCUACCUCAAGCUGGAGGAGCAGAACAUCAAACCGCAGUACUUCACUUUCCGCUGGUUGACCUUGCUGCUCUCUCAGGAGUUCCUCCUGCCCGACGUCAUCCGGAUCUGGGACACGUUGUUCUCCGACCAGGACAGAUUCCACCUCCUCAUCCUGGUCUGCUGCGCCAUGUUAAUACUCAUCAGAGAUAAUUUACUGGCCGGAGACUUCACGGUGAACAUGAGACUCCUGCAGGAUUACCCCAUCUCAGACGUCAACACCAUCCUGAUUAAGGCCAAAGAUCUGCGGGAUACUUCCUAACCUGUUUUCUAACGUGGAAGGUGAGAGUUCGAACAUUACGAAUCAUUGUCGUGUCAAACGUGUUGUUGGAGGACUUAUGAUGGGUUCGUACAGACGGGAAACCCAGCAUUCUGUUUUUUUUUUUUUUUACCUUGAUGUCUUAUGAUUGGUCAGUGGGGGACUGCUGUGAAAACAUUUAAGGGACAAGCUGAAUUUUUUUCCUGAAGUGAGGAGGAGAUGCCACCUGCUUCCUGAUGCAUUAUGGGAAGAAAAAAAGCAGGUGUUCCUCCUCCAAUCACAGCCAUGGACCCUCUUCAGAUCACGAUGCUUUUACUGAACUGAAUCUGAGGGACAGGAGCUCCGUUACACUACAGAUCCAGUUUUGAAAACCGAAUGUUGAACACCUCAUCCAGGAGUUCCCCACGCAGAAGUUUCACCGAGCAAAAGUGCAUGUUUGUUCUUUGAGGGAUGUGUUUUUUUUAUUUCGUUUUUAUUGUAAGCAACAGCCUUCUCUGUGUAAUUAUGUGAAAACAGGAGAUGGUGUUUCUGUGUUCAUUUCUUUCAGGGUAAAAUAAAUCUGAAGUGAUGGGCCUGGCCUGGUAAAUACUU